UUUCUCUGUUAAGAAAAGGAUACAAAAGAACACAGAAAUAACCUUAAAUUAUCUUCCAGGAGACAGUAAGCUUUGUAAUCGACUAUUCAUCUCACUCGCACGCAUAUAUGUUUACAUAAACAUUUCUUUUUGUUUAAAUCUGAAGUUACGCCAUAUUGGAAAUAAUAUAUUAAAGUCGAUUAUAACUGUCCGUGCUCAUAAGAUGGAUCAAAUUCGUGCACAAGUAGUCAAAUUUGUAAUUCUCGAAGAACUAGGAUUAAACGAAGAUGAAAAUAUACCAUGGCAACUACUUAUUCAGGAUUAUGAUCGAUCAGUGGAUUUAAUCAAUUUAAAUUUAUUUGCUAAAUCUCGAUCCCUACCAUCGGCAAGAACAAAAAUAACUAAUUAUACAGAGCAUGUGGUACCGAGAUAUAAGGAAAUCGAAUUCAAGGCCUUCUUUAGAAUUUCCAAGCAUUUGUAUGAACAAUUGAUUCGAGAAUUCAAGUGUAGCUUUAUUUAUUCGUCGCUUCGCCCAGACAAGCGCUUGUCUGCUGAAAAACACCUGCUAGUUUUUCUAUGGUUUGCCGCCCACGAAGGAUGCAGCUUUCGCGAUGUAUCUGACAGAUUUAAUGUAUCUGAAUCGAGUGUAAAUCGAAUAAUAGUGCGAGUCAUAUGUUUCUUAUCUAACCUUUCACAACAAAUUAUAAAAUGGCCAACUGGUGAUGAAAUCGCCGAAUCUGUAUCUCACUUUUAUUCUUUAGAGGGCUUUCCAAACGUAAUAGGAGCUAUAGAUGGUACCCAUAUAUUGAUUGAUCCUCCUGAGAGAAAGGACGAUUACAUUGAUCGCAAAGGCGAUGUAAGCAUCAUUUUACAAGGAAUUUGCAAUGAGAAAAAAGAAUUCAUUGAUAUAUUUGUUGGAUAUCCUGGAUCUGUGCACGACAGCCGUGUGUUCAAAAACUCCCCAGCAUUUGAAAAAUUAAAAUCUCAGGACAAUAUUUUGUUGGGAGACUCGGCGUAUCCAUUGAGUGAACGAGUUUUGACUCCAUAUAGAGACAAUGGACAUUUAACUGAUGCUCAAGUAAAGUUCAAUAAAAAAUUGAGCACAUGUAGAAUAAUUAUUGAACACAGUUUCGGAAUUUUAAAGCAGCAAUUCAGACAACUGUAUUACUGCAAGCUAAAAGGCAUGGCUAAACUCAACCAUUUUGUUAGGGCUUGUUGUGUAUUGCAUAAUUUACUCAGGAAAAACAAUUUAGAACUAAGUUACAAUAUGUUUGACGAACCUCUGGCAAUACAGAAUAAUAACGAUAACCUAAUGAGUUUAGCAGCAGGAAAAAAUCUACGUGACAAAAUCUGUAAUGAUUUCUAUUGUGAUAAUUAAAACUUUGCAUGACGCUAUAUUCACAACUUUCUGUAUAUUUUGUUUUAUUAUGAGAAAGAGUGUUUGAGCUUGAGAUAAAAUUCUCCAUAGAAACCGGAUAUGGGGUUUGUUUAUAUUAUUUGAUUUGGUUCAAACUUUCUGGGGUCCUGAAAUUUUUAAGUUAUCGCAGUUUUAGUGAAAAAAGUCGAUUUUUUUGCCGUUUGCGCCAUUUUCCCGUUUUUGCGCGCGGCGCGUCGAAAAUCCCAGUUGUUAUUUUUUUAAAUCGUAUCUCGGAAUAUUGAAAACAUAUGGGUCAUUCCAUCUGAAGCGGAACAGCAUUUGAAAAUCACCAUCUUCGAUUCUGCUCAAAUUUGGCAGAGCUGUUGAGACUAUCAAAACAUGCAAAAAUCCCGAAUUUCAUCCAAAUCGGACCCUCCCCUCUAUUUUAGUACCCUCCCAAAAAAUCGACUUUUUGGCGAUUUUUGAGCGAAACCUCUAUCUUCAAACGACGAUAACUCAGGAACCACAAAUCUUAGAGGGUCGGUCUUAGACUCAAUUUUGAAGGAAAUUGGACGUAGAAUCCAUUUCCGUGAUCAAAAUCUAGAUUAAAAUAUUUUGUCUACCUGUAUUGCACAAUUGAAAACUUUAAAUGGCCGUGUCUCAAAACAGCCCUAUUUAUUUUUUAAAUUUGACCUCACCGUCGUAUUCCCCGUCCAAUUUUACAUGAGAAUCACUUAUCGACAGAAAGGAAUAUGUUUCGUUCCAGAGAUAUCGAAUUUUAAAGUUUUGAGUAUUUGGGAUUACCUAAAUUAGCUACACUCGCCGCAUAUGCUAGAAGCACUCAGUCGUGCUGAUCAAUAAUUACUACCUGUUGUUCUGAUCACAGUGUCAUUGAACCAUAUUAAGUAAAAUUUGAACUUUUAAUAUUUAUUUGCAAAUGCUACAACGUUUUUACAAUAUAUUUUUAAAAAAAAUAUAAUUUUUCUUUUGUUUUCAUAUUUUUCAUAAUUCUUCAUUCCUUCCCACUUAAUCAAAUUAUUUCCUUUAUUUGAAGCGAGAACAGCUGUAGAGCUGGCAGUAGUAGAUGAAAUAAUUCUCAUGGGUUCUAGAACUUUUGCCAUGUGCGGUAGCGAAAUAGUGCCAUUCAGCAAAAACCCCAAAAUCUGCCUUACGGUUUGAAAGAUUGAUCAUAUUAAACCGAUUUUUAUAUUGUGAGCCAGUUUUAUCUGAAUAAUUGAUGAUUUUUUUUUCAAUUCUGGUACAUUUAAUUUCAAAAACAAAACCAUAUACUUCUUAUACAUGUGGCCAGCAGCUGAAUCGUCUUCCAAGAUUUCGAAAUGAAAAUUCGACAAAAAAAAAAGAUUAUUGUUCGGACGGUGUCGAAAUCAACACCACUGAAGUUGAUCUUAAUCAGAUAAUAAAUCAGAUUAAUCUUUGUGAUUUUCUUACAUUCAGUUUUAUACUUUUCAGAAAUCCUCCUCCUUAAUCAUGCUUCACGAGAGUUUUAUUCAUGUUGAUUCAUAAUUUUUAACCCGAUAAUGUAUCUUUUUCUAACGUGUUACUUACAAGAUCAAUUGAAAUUUUCUGCUAGCACUGCGGGAAUUCCAUUCUGCCCUGUAUUGCGUGUAGUUCUUGCUCUGUCCUGUGGGUUGGCACACAAGUUCACCGUAUACUAUUUUUUUUUUAAUUUAAGAUUAUACAGCAGUUUCCUACAGUGGUGUACAGUUAUGUUUUGCCCAAUUUGAUAAAGAUUAUUUAUGAUGAAAUAUUAUUUCAAUAAAUACACAGGUAGCAGUUAUUGAUCAGCGCGCCCGAGUGCUUCUAGCAGAUGCGGCGAAUAAAGUUAAUUUAGGUAAUCUCAAAUACUUAAAACUUUAAAAUUCGAUAUCUCUGGAACGAAACAUAUUCCUUUCUGACGAUAAGUGAUUCUUAUGUAAAAUUGGACGGGGAUUACGAUGGUGAGGUGAAAUUUAAAAAAUAAAUAGGGCUGUUUUGAGAUACGGCCAUUUAAAGUUUUCAAUUGCGCAAUACAGGUAGACAAAAUAUUUUAAUCUAAAUUUUGAUCACGGAAAUGGAUUCUACGUCCAAUUUCCUUCAAUAUUAAGUCUAAGACCGACCCUCUAGGAUUUGUGGUUCCUGAGCUAUCGCCGUUUGAAAAUAGGGGUUUCGCUCAAAAAUCGCCAAAAAGUCGAUUUUUUGGGAGGGUACAAAAAUGGAGGGGGUGGUCCGAUUUGGAUGAAAUUCGGGAUUUUUGCAUGUUUUAAUAGUCUCAACAGCUCUGCCAAAUUUGAGCAGAAUCGGAGAUGGUAAUUUUCAAAUUUGCAUUUUUUCUUGCACACUUCAGGUGGAAUGACCCAUAUAUAACUUAUAUAACUUCGCCAUUUUUGAUAUGUUAUGUAAAAUUUUCUGAGGAAUCCGAUAAAAAUAUUUUCAGGUCCCAAUAUCUUCAAAAGAGCAUUUUAAGUUUUCAUUUGACCUUUUCAAAUGUUAGGCUAGAAAUUUAAAACUUUUAACUAUUUUUCCUUAAAAGUCUGUCUAAUACCCUUUCGUUUGCGCUCAAGAAAGCUUAAAUCGGUUGAAAUGGUGCGGAGUUAUGAUUUUUUGAAAAAAGUGAUUUAUGUUUCUAUACAAAUUUGGCGAAGUAAUACAAAAAUGUAAUGUAAAUGUUAAAAAAAAUGUAUAUUUUAAAUCUGCUAUGUACCAUUUUAACAUAUUUUAACCACAAAUUACUUUUUUUUAUUUUGGAUAUGUUUUAAAAUGUCCAAAAAUGCUAUCUUCUGAGCUAUGAUACAAAUUGAUCAAAAUUGUUUUGCCAAAGUUAUUGAGUCGACUGCAACAUUUCAAAAGAUUGCAACAUGUUGCAAAAAGAAGUUUUUUUCAGCGCAAGUCGUAUGUUUAUCUAACGAAGUUCUCCGAGGCUUAAAUUGUGGAAAUCGAUGUGUGGUUGAUGGUCACUUUCUCAUUUAGAAGUGACGAAUUGACACUUUUUACACAAGACUCACACAUACUAUCAAACAAAACGUUAGGUUGUAAGUGUGAGCUCUGUGAGCAUGGUCGUGAAUGAGCAAGCGAGCCCGAAGUUAUGCUCGCUCAUUCAUGAGUUUGAGGACUUGUCAGGUAGCUCGUGCUCGCUCUUGCUCAUCGCAUGCGCUCGC